CUCAGCUGUCCCAGGACGCUCCCCUCCUCACCCCCACCCUCGGAGCCGCAGGGGAGCACAGGCUGGGACUCCUAGGGGACCCCCGCUGUCGGGGCGGUCCCUCUGCAAGGCGCCGCCCAGCCGGGUGGUCCGUCGGGUCCCCCGGUAGCUGCAGCGCACUCUCCGGGGAGCCGGCGAUCGAGGGCGGAGGCAAGGAGGGAGCGACCGCCGCUGGGAGGGGUGCUGGCGCGAGCUCGCGCGCUGUGUAUGGUCUAUCGGAGGCAGCUGACCUUUGAGGAGGAAAUCGCUGCUCUCUGCUCCUUCCUGUAGUAACAGCCGCCGCCGCCGCCGCCGUCAAGAGCGGUCAGGAACCGUCAGGAGCCCGAGCCGGGAGCGACAGCCGCAGGCGCUCCGCUGCACCAGGUGAACAGCCAUGGCGGGCUGGAUUCAGGCCCAGCAGCUGCAGGGAGAUGCGCUUCGCCAGAUGCAAGUACUGUAUGGGCAGCACUUCCCCAUCGAGGUCCGGCACUACCUGGCCCAGUGGAUUGAGAGCCAGCCAUGGGAUGCCAUUGACUUGGACAAUCCCCAGGAUCGAGGCCAGGCCACCCAGCUCCUGGAGGGCCUGGUGCAGGAGCUUCAGAAGAAGGCAGAGCACCAGGUGGGGGAAGAUGGGUUUUUGCUGAAGAUCAAGCUGGGGCACUAUGCCACGCAGCUCCAGAACACCUAUGACCGCUGCCCCAUGGAGCUGGUCCGCUGCAUCCGGCACAUUCUGUACAAUGAACAGAGGCUGGUCCGGGAGGCCAACAACUGCAGCUCCCCUGCUGGUGUCCUGGUUGACGCCAUGUCCCAGAAGCACCUUCAGAUCAACCAGACGUUUGAGGAGCUGCGCCUGAUCACGCAGGACACGGAGAACGAGCUGAAGAAGCUGCAGCAGACCCAGGAGUACUUCAUCAUCCAGUAUCAGGAGAGCCUGCGCAUCCAAGCUCAGUUUGCCCAGCUGGCCCAGCUGAACCCCCAGGAGCGCAUGAGCCGGGAGACAGCCCUCCAGCAGAAGCAAGUGUCCCUGGAGGCCUGGCUGCAGCGAGAGGCACAGACACUGCAGCAGUACCGUGUGGAGCUGGCUGAAAAGCACCAGAAGACCCUGCAGCUGCUUCGGAAACAGCAGACCAUCAUCCUGGACGAUGAGCUGAUCCAGUGGAAGCGGCGGCAGCAGCUGGCCGGGAACGGGGGUCCCCCCGAGGGCAGCCUGGACGUCCUGCAGACCUGGUGUGAGAAGCUGGCCGAGCUCAUCUGGCAGAACCGGCAGCAGAUCCGCAGGGCCGAGCACCUCUGCCAGCAACUGCCCAUCCCAGGCCCCGUGGAGGAGAUGCUAGCCGAGGUCAAUGCCACCAUCACAGACAUCAUCUCAGCCCUGGUCACCAGCACAUUCAUCAUCGAGAAGCAACCUCCUCAGGUCCUCAAGACCCAGACCAAGUUCGCAGCCACCGUGCGCCUGCUGGUGGGUGGGAAGCUGAAUGUGCACAUGAACCCGCCACAGGUGAAGGCGACCAUCAUCAGUGAGCAGCAGGCCAAGUCCCUGCUCAAGAACGAGAACACCCGCAAUGAGUGCAGCGGCGAGAUCCUGAACAACUGCUGUGUCAUGGAGUAUCACCAGGCCACAGGCACCCUCAGCGCCCACUUCAGAAACAUGUCACUGAAAAGAAUCAAGCGUGCUGACAGGCGUGGUGCAGAGUCUGUGACGGAGGAGAAGUUCACAGUCCUGUUUGAGUCACAGUUCAGUGUUGGGAGCAAUGAGCUGGUGUUCCAGGUGAAGACCCUCUCCCUCCCUGUGGUUGUCAUUGUUCAUGGCAGCCAGGACCACAAUGCCACUGCCACUGUGCUGUGGGACAACGCCUUUGCUGAGCCGGGCAGGGUGCCAUUUGCCGUGCCUGACAAGGUGCUGUGGCCGCAGCUGUGCGAAGCGCUCAACAUGAAAUUCAAGGCCGAAGUGCAGAGCAACCGCGGCCUGACCAAGGAGAACCUGGUGUUCCUGGCCCAGAAACUGUUCAACAGCAGCAGCAGCCACCUGGAGGACUACAACAGCAUGUCGGUGUCCUGGUCCCAGUUCAACCGGGAGAACUUGCCAGGCUGGAACUACACUUUCUGGCAGUGGUUUGACGGUGUGAUGGAGGUCCUGAAGAAACACCAUAAGCCCCACUGGAAUGAUGGGGCCAUCUUGGGUUUCGUGAACAAGCAACAGGCCCAUGAUCUACUCAUCAACAAGCCAGAUGGGACCUUCCUGCUGAGAUUCAGCGAUUCCGAAAUUGGAGGCAUCACCAUUGCCUGGAAGUUUGACUCUCCGGACAGAAACCUCUGGAAUCUGAAGCCAUUCACCACCAGAGAUUUCUCCAUACGGUCCCUGGCUGACCGGCUGGGGGACCUGAGCUACCUCAUCUAUGUGUUCCCAGACCGACCCAAGGAUGAGGUCUUUGCCAAGUACUACACUCCUGUACUUGCAAAAGCAGUUGACGGGUAUGUGAAGCCGCAGAUCAAGCAAGUGGUCCCUGAGUUUAUCAAUGCAUCUGCAGAUGCUGGAGCCAGCGCCACCUACAUGGACCAGGCCCCUUCCCCAGUAGUGUGCCCCCCGGCUCAUUACAACAUGUACCCACAGAACCCCGACCCUGGCCUCGACCAAGAUGGAGAAUUUGACCUGGAUGAGUCCAUGGAUGUUGCCAGACACGUGGAGGAACUUUUACGCCGGCCCAUCGACAGUCUCGACCCCCGCCUCUCUCCACCUGCUGGCCUCUUCACAUCUGCCAGAGGCUCCCUGUCCUGAACGCUGGGACGCCACGCUUCUCUUGGAAAACUACCUUCAAUGUGAAGAGCCUGUGGCAGUGUGACUGUAGUAUCUUUGUAUAUACCGACAGCUUUGCACGUGUGCGUGUGUUGGUGUCAUGAGCAGUGGCAAUGCUACCUUGCCCACACAGUUUUGGGUCUGUAGCUAACACAGCGGUGGCCUUUUUGUUCAGGCCUCACGACCCCCCUGGGUCUAUCACGAAAGAGCUGGACCUAUCAUUCCAGACAAACUUAUUUCUCCUGUGUCCUUUAUCAGUUCAAUGGCUAUUUAAGUCAAAUAAUUCUAGAAAAGGAAGGGAGGCCGGUUUAGGCAACUAAGUUGGAGUUUUACUCCUGAGCUAGAGACUUCAUCUAUGUUGGUGUGUACCUGUUCAUGCAUGUGGGAGCCUACUUGGUAAUCUCCAUCCAGAGGGAGAUUGGGGUUCACUUCUAGUGACACAUUAUACUUGAGUGACUAUGGGCUACAGACUUUGUGAAUCUUCAGUGUGCCUAGGCUGCAGCCAUGAACACAGCAGCCCUGGGUUAAUUUGAGUCAGGGCUACAGAGCUGAGUAUGUUGGUUCUUGGGCUCUUAUCUUUGAGCCAGGGUGGACAUGGGCUUCAAGUCUCAUGGCCUUGUCCACAUUCCCAACAUCCCUUUUUCCCAUCUAAUAUCCUCAUCCUUCCAUGUGGACUCAGCUUGCUUGCUUUUGGUUUUUGUUGUAUUUGUUUUGUGAGACAGGGUCU